GAAUUACAAUGUUCAUAGGAAUUUGUGUCCCAUUUUUUGGGUCUCUUCUUGGAUUUCUUGGUGGAUUCGCAUUUGCUCCCACCUCUUACUAUCUGGAGAGGGAAAUCUAAAGCAGAAGAAACUAAGGCUUGAUUUCUAAUUGCUAAAAAGAACCAAAAGAAAAAGAGAUAGAUGGGUUCUGAGAAGGAAAUAAGUGGUGGCGGUUUGGCAUCUGCAGCUAUAACAACAACAACAACAACAGGUUCAAAGCAAAAGAACCUUGAUGAUUGGCUUCCCAUAACUGCUUCAAGAAAUGCGAAAUGGUGGUAUUCUGCUUUUCACAACCUCACGGCCAUGGUUGGUGCUGGAAUUCUCAGCCUUCCUUAUGCCAUGUCACAUAUGGGAUGGGGUGCUGGUGUUACAGUGAUGAUCCUGUCAUGGAUAAUCACACUAUACACGCUAUGGCAAAUGGUUGAGAUGCACGAAAUGGUACCUGGGGGAAAGAGAAACGACAGGUAUCAUCAGUUGGGACAAGAAGCUUUCGGAGAAAAGCUUGGUCUGUGGAUUGUGGUUCCUCAACAACUGCUUGUUGAAGUUGGUACAUGCAUUGUAUACAUGGUCACUGGAGGCAAAUCUUUGAAAAAAGUUCAUGAAACCUUUUGUCCUGAUUGUAAACAAAUCAGAACCACUUAUUGGAUCAUGGUGUUUGCUUCUGUAAACUUUGUGCUUGCACAAAUUCCUAACUUUAACUCUAUUUCCGCUAUCUCUGCUGGUGCAGCCGUCAUGUCUCUCAGUUACUCAACAAUCGCUUGGGCUGCGUCUAUCAAGAAAGGGAUUUCAAAGGACAUAGACUAUACUGUAAAAAUGAAUAGCACGAGCGAUGGUGUGUUCAAUUUCUUCUCUGCAUUGGGAGAUGUGGCAUUUGCAUACGCAGGCCACAAUGUGGUUCUUGAAAUCCAAGCUACAAUGCCUUCAACUGCGGAGAAACCUUCUAAGAUACCAAUGUGGAGAGGGUGUGUUUUGGCAUACAUUGGAGUUGCAUUAUGCUACUUCCCUGUUGCCUUUAUUGGGUACUACAUGUUUGGAAAUUCUGUGGAUGAUAACAUCCUCAUCACACUCCAACGCCCUGCUUGGCUUAUUGGCAUUGCUAACUUGUUUGUUGUCAUCCAUGUUGUUGGAGGCUACCAGGUAUUUGCAAUGCCAGUGUUUGAUAUGAUUGAAACCUUCUUGGUUACACGCUUGAAUUUCUCACCUUCUACUACCCUGCGAUUCACAACUCGCUUUCUAUAUGUUGCAAUUACAAUGUUCAUAGGAAUUUGUGUCCCAUUUUUUGGGUCUCUUCUUGGAUUUCUUGGUGGAUUCGCAUUUGCUCCCACCUCUUAUUAUCUACCAUGCAUCAUAUGGCUUAAGCUCAAGAAACCUAAAAAAUAUGGCUUGUCUUGGACGAUUAAUUGGAUAUGUAUUAUUAUUGGAAUAUUGAUAAUGACACUAUCUCCUAUUGGUGCAUUGAGGAAUAUCAUUAUGUCAGCCAAGGAUUACAAAUUUUUCUCAUGAGCUUUAAGGAAUGAUUAUUCUGUUAUUGGGUUCAAAGUUGGUUGAUGGGAGAAUG